AUGUUCCCAGGGUGUGGAGUGGUGAGUGGCCAGAACCAGUACCUGACCAGAGACGCUGUCAGGCCACAUCUCGGAGUCGAGGUGAAAAGACCGAUUCAAAUGGAAAACGGGGUAACCCCAGUGACCUUCCCCGUCUACCACGAUCUAACUUACAGCAACGCUGGCCAGCCGGCAGUGGUCAACAAUGUUUCGUGCCCGCUGAAGCCACCACCACUGCCAGUCCCUCCCCCUGCACUGAAACUAGGGCAGGAAGGGUUCAAGAAAGUCUGCCGAACUGAGGAGGACAGCCCCUGUCCCUUUCCAGGACUGGCCUCUGGGGUGCUGGAGAUGCGCGUGAAGGAGGGAAGUAAGAUCCGCAACUUAAUGGGAUUUGCCAUGGCACGGAUGCAGGGGGAGAAGGUCGUUAGUGAGGGAGGUGUGAGUGGUGGUGGUGGGCUCAGGCAGGUGGUCUUCACGGGGUCAGGCCGUGCGGUCACAAAGACCAUCACUUGUGCUGAGAUCAUGAAACGAAAAUUUGGCUCUCUGCACCAGCUGACCAAACUGCAGUACAAGGUGGUGAAAGAGGUGUGGGAGAGUAGUGAAGGGGGGACUUCUGAGAUGACGGUGCACAGGACUGUGCCCUCCAUCAGCAUCCUUCUCUCCAAAGACCCACUGGAUCCCCAGGAACCGGGCUAUCAGCCUCCAGAGACUCUGAGUGCGUUGUGGGAUGAGAGAGAGGGGAUCGAAUCUGCCUCGCAUACGGCACGCAAGAGACCUCUUGGACCUUUGCCAUACAGCGGUUUCCCUCACUCAGAUGAGAGUAAGGUCUCUGGGAUGGUGUGGGAGUUCGCUAUCUCCCAGCCUCCAGAUGGCUUCGUCUUCUCUUAUCUAGAAGAAUGGGUGCUGCCUCAAUUUUUCAACUCGCCUUAUCUGGGAAUCCUUUAA